AUGUUGAAGAUAUUUGCAAUUAUAGCAGCUCUCAUUGGGCCUCUGAGGUGUGCGGUUGUGACUGUUCCAGAGAAGGCUGUGAACACAACAGUUGGUGGGAAUAUCACUCUCCUCUGCACAUACAGAACAGAGAUGGAUUCAUCUAACCUGUUUAUCCAGUGGACAUUUUACAGUGCCCAAGAGAGAGAAAAAGAUGUGAUCUAUUAUUCUCAGCGAGGCCAGUCGUAUUCUUAUGGAGAGUUUAAAGGCAGAAUCCAAGGUGCAAACAGCACAGGAAAUGCUUCAAUAACAAUCUCCAACAUGCAGUCAUCAGAGACCGGUCAAUAUACCUGUGAAGUUUUCAAUCCUGCGGACACAGGUUCACAAAAUGAAAAAACCGUGAUUGUCAGCGUACUAGUCCCGCCAUCCCAGCCUCACUGCAGCCUUCGUGGGACACCUGAGAUGGGACACCUCAUCUCCCUGUACUGCUUUUCCGAGGGAGGGCUGCCUGCUCCUACUUACCAGUGGCAAAAGGUAUCCGGGGACACCGUCACCCCUGUCACAGAGGCAUAUAAUCCCAAAACGGGCCUCUUUAUUAUUGGUAACUUGACGAAUUUUGAAGAAGGCUACUACCGCUGUACAGCUGCCAACUCUCUUGGAAACAGCAGCUGCCACAUUAACGUCACUUCUUCACAUUCAGAAAGUGGCGUUAUUGUUGGGGCAUUGAUUGCAGCAAUUCUAGCCGCUGCUUUGAUCUGCGGUAUUGUCUGGUUUUUAGCUUCAAAGGAGAAGAGAAAGAAGAGAAAAGAGAAAGCUGCAAUGAUCGAAACACAGGAGGUUGUCCAGAAGGAACCACUGAAUGCUGAGUAUACUGCUGGGCCCAACCAAGAAAGUGUGCCCGCAGCACCCGUUCCACGAAGCAAAGAAUCCACUGAGACAAAUGAAUACGAGACUCCGGAGGAGAUUGAAGUCGCAGCAGCGCCUGAAAAUGAGAUCCAAGAAGCAGAGCACCAGCCAGUGGCCUAG